UUAAAGUACCCGUUUAUGAGAGCUGAAGCUGGAGCAGCAGAGGCGAGGGCAAUGGCAAGUUCAAAAAACAUGGAGGAGGAGAAGAAUAAAAGUAGUACAGCAGCUUCAACGUCAGGAAUUUCUUCAUGCCGAUCAGUAUCAAUUCUGCUAGCAUGUUUAGUCCAUCUGAUCUGUGGACUUGGUUUAGCAGUAUCUUUGUGGGUGGCCCACAAUCUCUACUCCGUCAAUCUUGUCUCUGAUCCAUCAGACACCCUCCUUCUCAUCUGGACUGUGGAGACUCCAAUUGUGGUUCUUCUUUACAGUUGGUUUCGAUUGAAUCCUAAAAAAUGCUCGUAUUUGAAAGCUGUAGGACGAGGGGUAUUGGCUCUUCCAGUUGGGGCUAUAGUGAAUGCUUUUGGAGCUAUUGUUUUGGGCUCACCUGUUGGCAUCCAAUGCUUAUCAAAGACCGUUAAUUGGUCUCUUCUUAUGUCAUUAUUCACAUUUGUGCCUGCAGCUUCUGUAUUUGGUUCGUCAUGGUCUCAUUGGCACCGCAUAUUUGCACAUUCAAAGCCAAAUGGAUCUUUAGAGUAUAUGAUUUGUAUGCCAGCACAUGGGGCUGUAAUUGCAGCUUGGUUUGGGGCUUGGCCUAUGCCACUUGACUGGGAAAGGCCAUGGCAGGAAUGGCCAAUAUGCGUGACUUAUGGAGCAAUGAUUGGCUAUCUGGUUGGAAUGCUAGUAUCUCUGGGUUUUGUACUUGCGCGCAGUGGACAGCAGCAUCCUAAAGGGGACUAAAAUCAAAAGAAGAUACACUCUUACUGAAGGUUGCGGUAGCAAGCAUGUGGCAUUUCGGGGACUUACUGGAAGCAUAAUCUUUGCAGUUUGAAUAUAAAGUAGCAAAACAGACGAACCGGAUUCCAUACUCUUGUAUUGCGGAUGGAGAAGCAGCAUAGAUCAUUUGGAGUGCUCAUGUAUGGUUGUAUGAAGAAGAAAUAAAACCAUUCUCUUAGUUGAUCAUGUGGAAUUACUUUCUUUCUUUCUUUAGCAGGCAUGAUCACUCUUGCAAGCUGUUAGUUUUGUUGUUGAUACAGAAUGUUAAUUCAUUGCGGCUGUUAAGGGAGCAUCUGCAACUGCCAUAGAUCCUUUUCAACUUUUGGAAA